GUAGGAGCAGGUCCCCAACCAUGAGCUCCAGCCAGUCAGGGGCCUGCCCAUGCCAGGGCACUGCAGGCCAACCGACCAUUCUGUAUGCACUUCUGAGCCCCAGCCUCAGGCCCAGGCCCUCCGUGCCCCCAUCCCGCAGCCACUGCCUCUGCAGGCAGCACCGACCUGUUCGCCUGUGUGCUCCCCAUCGCACCUGCCGGGAGGCCUUGGACGUCCUGGCCAAGACAGUGGCCUUCCUCAGGAACCUGCCUUCCUUCUGCCAGCUGCACCCCCAGGAUCAGCGGCGCUUGCUGCAGAGCUGCUGGGGCCCCCUCUUCCUGCUUGGACUGGCCCAAGACACUGUGACCUUUGAGGUGGCAGAAGCCCCAGUGCCCAGCAUACUCAAGAAGAUCCUGCUGGAAGAGCCCAGUAGCAGGGCUGGCAGCGAGCAGCUGCUGGAGAGACACCAGCCCUCUCUGGCUGCCGUGCAGUGGCUUCAAUGCUGCCUGGAGUCCUUCUGCAGCCUGGAGCUGGGCCCCAAGGAGUAUGCCUACAUGAAAGGAACCAUCCUGUUCAACCCAGAUGUGCCAGGCCUCCAUGCCUCCUCCCACAUCGGGCACCUGCAGCAGGAGGCUCACUGGGCACUGUGUGAAGUUCUGGAGCCAUGGUAUCCAGCAGGCCAAAACCGCUUGGCCCGCACCCUCCUCAUGGCCUCCACCCUUAAAAGCAUUCCGCCCAGCCUUCUUGAGGAUCUCUUCUUCCGCCCUAUCAUUGGAGACACUGACAUCGCUGGACUCCUGGAGGACAUGCUUUUGCUGAGGUGA